CCUGGAACAGGUCAGCAGUACGGUCACCAGGAGCGCAGGACUAGCACCCACAGCAAAAACAAAGAGCACCACAGCACCAUCCAUGCUGGACGCUGCUUCGCUAUGAUGAUGGGACCUCGAGUAGAGACAAGAGAGCCUCAAAACUACAGGGAGGGGACGUGAUGACGACCUGUCCCAGCUCGCCCCGGCGAAGCUUCACACGGGCCGCCUAUCGCUGUCAGUGCUUGGAGCGGACUUUGCAGGAUGAGACCUUCCCAGUGAAAGUCGUCGCCUUCGACUUCGAUGAGACCUUGACUUUGAUAACUUAUUUGAUCGAGGAUGGCGACUCUGAAGAAGUGCAGAAGCAAAUCGUGAAGACCAACUUCCAAACGCCUUGGGUCAAAGGGAGCCGCAUUGAGCAUCUCCAGAGUAUGCUGAAGGCUUUGGCGAUCUCCAAGUCUGGGAAACGUCGAGCGUUAGCAGUGCUCACGAAGAACUAUGCUGGUGCCAAGGCGGUGCAUAAUCUUCUCCACGUCUCGGGCCUGGCGUCGUGCUUUGAUGCCAUUUGGGCCUUGCCCACUGGUGGCCUCUACCGUUGCAAGGACGAAUGGCACGAGAUGUGCACUCCGAAUGUGUGUCACAAGGCUGACUUGUUGGCCUUGGUGGCCGAGUCUCCCCACGAGUUCUUCCCCCAGCUGGGCAGUGAUGCCUUUGAGGACAUGGGACCGUUGAAAAUGGAGGGCAUCGUCUUGGUGGAUGACCAACGCGCCAACUUCCAGAGCCCCAGCGGUAACCAGGUCUUGCGCUUCUGCAAGGUGGCGCGCUAUGACGGCUACUACCGGAACUUGGGAUAUGUGAAGAACAUGGGUGGUAUUGGAGCACAUUGCUUCGAAGACUAUGAGACGCUGAAGAUGUUUGUCGAAGAACCUUCGACCUACAAGGAGACUUUGCAUCUGCAUUGUGUGGAGAGACACUUUGAGCGAAGCAGCGAGCAACACCCAGUCGAGCUCAUCAUCUUCGAUUUUGAUGAAACCUUGACGCUUGCUACCUUCAUGCCCUCAGAUCCAACCUUCGAGGAGAUUUCCUGGGACCUCCCGUCCUUAGAGGGUAGCGACUGGACGGCCGAAGACCUCUUGACCUACAACUUUGAGUCUCCCUUCUGCUCGGGAAGCCGUUUGCAGGCUUUGAAGGCCAUGCUAGAGGACCUGUCCAAGAGAUACGUCCUGGCCAUUCUUUCUCGGAACGAUCGUGGUGCAGUGGCUGUGCUGAACCUUCUUCGUUUGGCUCAGCUGGCCGACUUCUUCGCAGCGAUUUGGACCAUGCCCUUCCGUCAGCAGGUGUCUUGUGGCGCCUGGAAAGCAGAUGCUGCUUGGCACGUCUUCGAGGCUCCGCUUUUGGAGGUUCCGGAUGAGAAGACGGAGAUUCUCUAUCACAUUGUGGAGAACAGCGGCAAAUGGUUUCCCCAGAUGGAGGGGCGACUUCGGAGGCUUCAAGGCCUUCGGCCUGAGAGUGUGAUGCUUGUUGAUGAUGAGAAGGAAAACUUGCAAAGUGCCAGCAGGUUUGCUUUGCGAUACUGCAAAGUGGCACGUUAUGAUGACGUCUAUCGAAAUUGCGGCCCCUUGAACCAGCUGGGUGGCAUCGGAGCUCACAGCUUCGAGGAUUUCGAGCUCUUGCGGCGCUUCGCGGAGGCGCCCUGGGAGUUUCAAGAGCCUCACUUCCCACAGGAGGAAGCUGACAAACCGAAUGCAGCUCCUCCUUGGGAAGACUCGCGAGUCCCAAGCCGCUCCGAGGAGCUGGUGAAGCUGCCGCGUUCGCGCUUACGCAAGAGCGCAUCCUCGCCCACGCUCCGCGCGCUGGGAGACCUCGCCAACCUGCCUGGGCCCAUGUCCCGGAGCCAAAGUUUCUGUUUGUCGGAUGUGAUAUCUCAAUCGCCGCGGACCUCCGAACCUGGGGACGACCAGGAUGCCCACGAGAUUUGCCUUACAGGCAUGGAUGAUUCUCCGCGCUGAUGGUCUGUGGAGGCGUCGUUCUUUCACGGAGUGCAGCGGGUGAGAAAGAAGCAGCGGAGUGCAGGGACUGGUGGCUGGUUGGAUGCAAAGUUGGGGCCUGGAAGCCUGAUUCUAUGAUGUUAAUCGAUGUGUCAAAUUGACCACAGAGUCAUGGAGCCACCGAAACGACAGAAACCCAAUUGGAGUUGUGCCAUGUAUCAUAUGGCAUUUGGCCAGCGAGCUUGAUUUGGAUGGAAUUCCAAGCUGCAUCGACCUCCACCCAGGUGGACAUGCGACGGUGUGUCGCCAACGGCGGCGACGGUUUCGGAUCAAUGGCACCGGAUGGGACGGAUGGGCAGAGAAGGGGCCGAGGAUGCAAGAAAGCAUUCACUCAUGAUGGAGAAAAACAUCAACUCUUCUGAGGGUAGGUGGGGUGGGCCAGGAUGGUCAGGAUGGUGUCACACUUUUAGGAAUCUUUAGGAGAGCUAAAUCACCACAAAAACAUGUGCAAAGUCUAAUUAAAUGCCACACCUUGAUCUUGGCUCAGUCUGCCAGCCCAUCGACAAGAACUGAACCACA